AUGGUGCAUAAAAAAGAUAAAAAAGAUAAAACUACACAAAAUGGUGCGGUUAAAGAGGCUCUUAAGUUUAUAAAAGACUCCUUAAAUGACCCUAAACCCUCAAGUAAAAGGAGUAUUGCACGAGACUUUGGUAUUCCGGAAUCAACCCUUAGACAUGCUAUUCUGAAUAGUGGCCCUCUUAACUGUCCAGAACCUAACAAAGUUUUAACUGACCAUGAAGAAGAGCAGUUAGUUGGUUAUUGCUUGAACAUGCAGCGAAUUGGUUUCGGAUUAUCAAAGUCUGGUGUAAAUUUUUGCGUACUAAAAAUAAUUUGUAAAAAUGGGCACCCUCAUUCUUUUAAUGAGAGCGGACCAGAUCAAUCAUGA